AUGGCCACACGCAAGGAGUACGUGUUCAAGGUGACCAACGGGGUCUCGAUAGCCGCAGAUGUGUAUUUCAGAAAGGCUACGGUAGCUUCCAAGCUUCCAAUCGCUUUGCACUUCCAUGGUGGAAACUUCACCGUCGGCUCAAAAGAGCUGCUUAUCCGCCACCAGGCGGAAAAGCUCGUCGAUCUGGGCUUUGUGGUCGUCUCCGCCAACUACCGACUGUCUCCUACUAUUACCGUGUUUGAAGGGCCAGUCAAGGACGCAUUGGACGCAUACAAGUGGGCGCAGACGACGUUGCCUGACCUGCUCUCGGGCGACGCUGGCGUUAACGUGGACGGCUCGCGAAUUGUGACUUUGGGGCAUUCCUGCGGCGCCACCCUGGCGCUCCUGACGGCCGGCUUACCUCACCCACCUCUCGCCAUUCUCGACGUGUACGGUAUCAAGUACCUCUCCGAUCAAGCAUACCAUACUCCCUUGCCUGCACCCCCAGGUAGCCCCAAAUUUGAUCAAGAUUUUGUGGGCCAGAUAUGGAAAGAUGUGCCUCCCCCAACCUCUGCUCCCCCUCCGAUGGGGCCCUCUGGGCCUGAUUUCACAAGCCAUCGUGUCGCCUGGAUGUUUGAGUCGAUGGGAAAAGGGACACUGUUAAAGGCAACUGUGGGAGACGACAACUAUGACCGCGUGGACCCGGUCUCGUUGUUUACCAAAGGUCAUUUCCCUCCCACCUAUUUCAUCCACGGUACCGAAGACAGGCUAGUGCCUGCGAGUCUCUCACAGCGUGCGCAUGAUGAGCUCAAGAGUCACGGAGUCGAGACUGAACUGGUCCUUGUUGGAGGAGGACAGCAUGGAUUCGAUGAGAGGGCACAGCCUGGAGACAGUGUGUUCGAUCUUUUGACCAAGGGCUUCGAGUUUCUCAAGGCCCAUGUCUGA